AUGUUCGCGGUCACUGUCCCGCCCGUUUCCGUGGGCUCUAAUAUCUUCUUCGCCAUUGCCCUGCUCUCUAUCUCCGUCCUAGUCUUCCUUCUCCUGCGUCGCUUUUUGACAGUUCGCUCAACGCCAGCGUACCUAUUGGUCCCCGUCUUUUUCGCUCUCGCACUCCCCGCCAGUGUAGUGUUGCUCGUUCCGAUCGAUCUCGCCUCUAGCUCCCGCGAUGGAACCGGCCCGAAGGCGAUUUGGCUACCCGCUCGCGUGGUCCUUGUUUGCUGGCGCAUUGCCUAUUGGCUGAUCUUUGCAUUAACUUGGGCUAUCCUCCCCCUCCUGGGCGAAUAUUUCGACUCCGGAUAUCGCGACCCGAGAGCCCGCAUCAUGUAUUCCCUGCGUUCCAAUGCCCAGUAUCAUGCAAUCGUUCUUGCUUGUGGUAUCGUUGGCCUGGUUUACGUCUCCAUUUCUAUCGGUUUUGAUUUCAGGUCCAUCAAGAGUCUUGUGAUGGCCCUGGCAUACGUGUGGGGUCUUGUGUUGGCCAUUUCUCUGAUGGGUCAUGGCUUGGUUUCUAUUCCUCGCAGUUUGAUCAGAAAUUCUAAUGUGAGCGGUCGAUUACGGCGACUUCAGGUCCAUGCGCCCAAGGUGCAUGACCGUUUGAUGGAUGCAGUCAAUGAACUUGCAAGCCUCAAUGCACAGGUCGCUCAGCUCCAACAGCGCAAGACCGGAACCGCGCGCGACUUUCAGGACUGGAUUGAGGAGCUUGGAGAAGGCCCUGGCUCGGCAGAUGUGCGGGUCCCUAUUCUUGAGGCCCCCGAAUCUUCUGCGACCGUUCCAACGAUCAUCACUGAACGCUAUCUGGCAGAUUUGACACGCCGCCUCCAGCGCGCUCGCCACAUGAAAGCACGUUUUGUGGAUGAGUGGGAUCGCCUUGUCUUGUUGGCCGCAGAUCUCCAAUCCAUUAUCAACUCUGCUGCGUCGAAGAAAUUAGAAUUCGGCCAAGCUCCUCGACGAUCGUCCUGUCUUCCUCGUGCCAAAUUCUUGACCCCGCAUAUGCGGUAUCACCUGUACUCGAACAUCAUUCCCUCCGUGCGCCUCGUUUUUGGUUCACUCUUUGCGGUGGCGUCGAUCAGUAUUAUCUGGUCGGAAUUAAUCAAGUCUCUCGCGCCGCAUUUAUCAGCGGUCAGCUUGACUGUGGUGCCUAACUAUAAGGACCCCAAGCCUCUUGGCUUCGGGAACCAGCUCGUCACUUCUGCAUGGCUGCUCUACAUGUGUUCCGCAGCCAUGACAGGUGUCAAUGAGGUCCAGGUAUGGGGCAACCGAGCCCUAGUGCGCCGAAACACAUACGGCGAAAGCGCAUGCUGGUAUGCCAGUCUUGUAGCUCGAUUAACUGUCCCCAUCGCAUACAACUUCUUGACCUUCUUGCCAAAGGAUUUCCGCCGAGGAACGCAAUUCUACGAUUUUCUGGGCAAGCUAAUUAACCUUACGCCCUUGGGACACGGUUUCGAUUUCAUCUUCCCAAUCUUCAUCCUUGUCCCAGUUUGCGCGACCCUUUUCAAUCUCUAUGGCCGUGUCAAGCGGGUCUUUGGUUUUGCGAAUACAGAUGACGAUGAUGACUACGCCGACCUCGAGAACAACCCCGCCGGCUUCGGUAUGGGCGGGUGGCGCGAGGGCCGCGAUUUGAUCGAGCGCGAACUCAACGGCUUUGGCUCGCUUGCCGUGUCUUCGCGUGGAGCCCGCUCAACCUGGGCAUCCGAGUCAGACCGCAGUGAUGGCGACUCGUUCACCUCGUCUAGGCUACGCGUUCCUGUCGCCGAGGGUUCACGCUCUCCGCGCCCUCCUACGGGGCAGCGGCCCACGACAGCCCCGACUGUCGUCGAUGGUGAGGAAGAAGAUGAUGGAAACUUCUUCCAAUCUUUCGCUCAUCGUGUUCGCAAUACAUUUGAAACCAGCAACACUCCUCGGUGGCUCCAGGGUGACAAUUUCCGGCUGCCGCGAUGGAUGACCGGUGACAAUACCACCACCGAAGAUGGCGGAGUCUCCCGGCUUUUUGGAGGCCGCGCUGUUCCUGGUCGCUUGCGAUUGGGCUAG